AUGGAACUACAGAACAUUACAUGGGUGUCAGAGUUUGUUCUCUUAGGGUUCUCACAGACCAGGGAGCUCCAGAAACUUCUGUUUCUUGUAUUCCUGGUUAUCUAUCUCACCACUGUGGUGGGAAACGUCCUUAUCAUGGUCACAAUAACUUUUGACCCCCGGCUCCACAUGCCUAUGUACUUUCUGCUCCGAAACUUGGCGGUCAUAGACCUCUGCUAUUCUACAGUCACUUGCCCAAAGAUGCUGGCGGACUUCUUUCACGAGGUCAAGACCAUCUCCUACCAGGGCUGUAUGGCCCAGAUCUUCUUUUUCCACCUCUUGGGAGGGGGCACUGUCUUCUUCCUCUCCGUGAUGGCCUAUGACCGCUACAUAGCCAUCUCCCGGCCGCUCCACUACGUCACCAUCAUGAACACGCGUCUGUGCGUCGGGCUGGUGGUGGCUGCCUGGGUAGGGGGUUUUGCCCAUUCUAUUGUCCAACUGGUUCUGAUGCUCCCGUUGCCUUAUUGUGGCCCCAAUGUCCUGGACAAUUUCUACUGCGAUGUCCCCCAAGUGUUGAGGCUCGCCUGCACUGACACCUCCCUGCUGGAGUUCCUCAUGAUCUCCAAUAGCGGCAUGCUGGUUCUUAUCUGGUUCCUCCUCCUUCUCAUCUCCUACACUGUCAUCCUGGUGAUGCUGAGGUCCCACCCAGGGCAGGCGAGGAGGAAGGCGGCCUCCACAUGUACCACCCACAUCAUCGUCGUGUCUAUGAUCUUCAUUCCCUGUAUCUACAUUUAUUCCAGGCCUUUCACUCCCUUCCCCAUGGACAAGGCUGUGUCUAUCAGCUACACUGUCAUGACCCCCAUGCUCAACCCUAUGAUCUACACCCUCAGGAACCAGGAGAUGCAGGCAGCCAUGAGGAGAUUAGUGAAGCGCUUAGCAGUUUGCAACAGGGAGUGA